AUGAAUUCAAAAUGACCUCAUUUUUUUUUUUUUUUUUUUUUUUGUGAUGGGUCUCCAAGAACUCGUAUCAUAGAAUUCUGACCUCAAUUUACAGCUUUCUUGGUAAAAAAAAAAACAUGCCAAAUAACCGUCACUUGUGAACUAGAAAAUGCUCUGGAAAAUCAUAGACUUUUCCCAUCAACCCAAACAUGUAUUUUCUUCUAUAUUCAACACAUUCACCCGCCAAUUUACCCUCCCUUCUUUCCCUCCAAAUCCAUCGAAAUUUAAAACUCUCAUCUCCAAUGGUCAACUCAAACAAGCCUUAUUAGAAAUGGUCAAUCAAGGCCGCGAAAUGAAGUUCGAAGGCUACGACACGAUCUUAAACGAGUGCGUAAAGCAAAGGGCCAUUAGAGAAGGACAAAGAGUCCAUGCCCACAUGAUCACAACCCAUUAUCUCCCACCUGUGUACCUCCGAACAAGGCUAAUCGUGUUCUAUGCUAAGUGCGAGUGUUUGGGUGAUGCAAGGCAAGUGCUCGAUGAAAUGCCUGAAAAGAAUGUUGUUUCUUGGACCGCGAUGAUCUCGGCUUAUUCUCAGAGAGGGUAUGCCUCUGAAGCUUUGUCUCUUUUUGUAAAGAUGUUAAGAUCAGGUACGAUGCCAAAUGGGUUCACUUUUGCAACCGUGCUUACUUCUUGUACUGGUGCUCUUGGGUUUAACCAUGGAAGGCAAAUACACUCUCUUAUAAUCAAGGGUAUAUUUGAAUCCAACAUAUACGUUGGCAGCUCACUUCUUGACAUGUAUGCCAAAUCUGGUAAAAUCCAUGAAGCUCGAGGAGUUUUUGAAAGCUUACCGGAAAGGGAUGUUGUUUCCUGCACUGCUAUAAUCUCAGGCUAUGCCCAACUGGGUCUUGAUGAAGAGGCACUAGAGCUCUUCCGUAGGUUGCAGAGGGAAGGAAUGGCCUCUAACUUUGUUACUUAUGCCAGUGUUUUGACUGCAUUAUCUGGGCUUGCUGCUAUUGAUCAUGGCAAGCAAGUUCACAGUCAUGUCUUACGGUCUGAACUGCCCUCCUACGUGGUUCUUGAGAAUUCUCUAAUUGAUAUGUAUUCAAAAUGUGGAAAUCUUACUUACUCAAGAAGGAUCUUUGAUAACAUGUCUGAGAGAACUGUCAUAUCAUGGAAUGCAAUGCUUGCGGGGUAUGGUAAACAUGGGAUGGGACCAGCGGUGGUUGACCUUUUCAAAUUUAUGAGAGAAGAAAAUAAUGUUAAACCUGAUAGGAUUACUUUUCUGGCUGUUUUAUCUGGUUGCAGCCAUGGAGGGAUGGAAGAUAGAGGGCUGGAAGUUUUUGAUGAGAUGGUGAGCGGCAAAGAGGGGGUUGAGCCAGAGAUAGAGCAUUACGGGUGUGUUGUUGAUUUGCUUGGCCGUGCGGGCCAGGUAGAAAAGGCUUUUGAAUUUAUCAAAAGUAUGCCUUUUGAACCAACUGCUGCUAUUUGGGGUCCACUUUUAGGUGCUUGUAGGGUUCACCAAAAUGUUGAUAUUGGGGAACAUGUGGCUAAUCGGCUUUUAGAAAUUGAGCCUGAAAAUGCUGGAAACUAUGUUAUCCUUUCUAAUUUAUAUGCUUCUGCAGGGAGAUGGGAAGAUGUAAGAAGUUUACGUGAAUUAAUGAGUGAGAAGGCAGUGACAAAGGAGCCGGGAAGGAGCUGGAUUGAACUUAACCAAACCCUUCAUACUUUUCAUGCGAGUGAUCGAUCUCAUCCAAGAAAGGAAGAGGUAUUUGCAAAGGUGAGAGAAUUAUUGGUCAAGAUUAAGGAAGCUGGUUAUGUUCCUGAUUUAAGUUGUGUUUUACACGAUGUGGAUGAGGAGCAGAAGGAGAAAAUACUCCUAGGCCACAGCGAAAAAUUGGCCUUGGCGUUUGGGUUGAUAGGCACUCCUGAAGGAAAGCCCGUCCUGGUCAUGAAAAACCUCCGCAUUUGUGUUGAUUGCCAUAAUUUUGCAAAGUUUGUCUCUAAGGUUUAUAGUAGAGAAGUUUCUCUGAGGGAUAAAAAUCGAUUCCAUCAUAUUGCUGGAGGAAUCUGCUCAUGUGGCGACUACUGGUGAUUUUUUUUUUUUUUAUAUAUAAUUCUUGACUGAGGUAUCAUUGGUUCCAAUGCCAAUUUGAAGAUAAAUCAGGUGCUCUUUUGCAUUGGGUUUUUGCUAUUUGUGCAUGACUCUAUAUUCUAGUUCUAUAGAUGGAUGAGAUGAUGAAGACAACCACAGCGAUGGUGGCAGCUGUUGGCAAAUAACAUGACAAAAGAUGGAAGCAUCUUUAUCUGUGCUCAUAGAAGUGCCAGAGUUUCUCCUGCUGCUCUCUGCUUUCUUUCCAACGAAUGAAUUAUCCUCGAGGCUCUGCAUAGAUAGCUUGUGCUUCCAAUAAUAUUUCUUAAAAGCUAAAUAGCGGGAAGUACAUUGUUUUCGGAUGAACAUGAACCAACCACACCGCCAGUACACAGAGAGGACUGUUUCUUAUUAAACAUAAAUAUGCCAGUCACAGAAUGGGAAUGCACUCACCAGGGAAUGCAGUGAUGAUCUCUCUCUAUGCACUUGUGUGUUUGUAGCUUCGUGUGCUUGUAUAGAUUAUUGGGGUCCUUGUACGAAUUACCAACGAAGUUUGUAGUUUUUUUUUUCAUAAGAAGUUCAGGGGUUCCAGCAUUAACCCUUACUACCUGCAUUAACCCCAACAAAUAAUUUAAAUGAACAAUGGAAUGAUUCUAUAUAUAUAUUUUCUUUUUCUUAA